CCAGCUGCGACAAGAAUGGCGCGGGAACUCUUGGGUUCUGUAGUUUUCUCGUGAUUCAAAAGGCCCGCUGCUCGAGUUAGCUUUUAUCGCCCCGCAAGCCGCUUUUCACCGCCCCUAGUAUGUAUGUCCAUGGCCUCACGACCCAAGAGAGGGGAGAUGCGAAAGGAAGGAGGCGAGACGAUAUUGAAAAAGCAAAUAAAUAGCCUUCGUUCCAGGUGCGACAGCGGAAGGGUCCGCUCCUCUAAAAGGUUGUGCAGCCAGCUUGGGCGAAACACGCGGAGGGUUAUGGGGCGAAUAGCUCUCCCCUCGAUGGAAACCUACGAAGGAAGGUGGGCGGGGGACUCCAUAUCCCAGCGUGCCCCGCGCCGGGCCCUGCCGGCCGCGACUCCGGGCUUGGCCCCGGCCCUAGCUCGUCUGUGGUGUACUGGGACGCGUGGAGGCUACAGUCACGGUGGCGCCCGCGGGGACGGAGGAGGGAAUGAGUGAAGAGGAGCAAGGCUCCGGCACUACCACGGGCUGCGGGCUGCCUAGUAUAGAGCAAAUGCUGGCCGCCAACCCAGGCAAGACCCCGAUCAGCCUUCUGCAGGAGUAUGGGACCAGAAUAGGGAAGACGCCCGUGUACGACCUUCUCAAAGCCGAGGGGCAAGCCCACCAGCCUAAUUUCACCUUCCGGGUCACCGUUGGCGACACCAGCUGCACUGGUCAGGGCCCCAGCAAGAAGGCAGCCAAGCACAAGGCAGCUGAGGUGGCCCUCAAACACCUCAAAGGGGGGAGCAUGCUGGAGCCGGCCCUGGAGGACAGCAGUUCUUUUUCUCCCCUAGACUCUUCACAGCCUGAGGACGUUCCAGUUUUUACUGCUGCAGCAGCUGCAACUCCUGUUCCAUCUGCUGUCCUAACCAGGAACCCUCCCAUGGAGAUGCAGCCUCCUGUCUCCCCUCAGCAGUCUGAGUGCAACCCUGUUGGUGCUCUACAGGAGCUUGUGGUGCAGAAAGGCUGGCGAUUGCCAGAGUACACAGUGACCCAGGAGUCUGGGCCAGCCCACCGUAAAGAAUUCACCAUGACCUGCCGAGUGGAGCGUUUCAUUGAGAUUGGCAGUGGCACUUCCAAAAAACUGGCAAAGCGUAAUGCAGCAGCUAAAAUGCUGCUUCGAGUGCACACAGUGCCUCUGGAUGCCCGGGACGGCAAUGAAGCAGAACCUGAUGAUGAUCACUUCUCUAUUGGUGUAGGCUCCCGCCUGGAUGGACUUCGGAACCGGGGCCCAGGAUGCACCUGGGAUUCUCUGCGAAACUCAGUGGGAGAGAAGAUCCGGUCCCUCCGCAGUUGCUCCCUGGGCUCCCUGGGUGCUCUGGGCCCUUCCUGCUGCAGUGUUCUCAGUGAACUCUCUGAGGAGCAGGCCUUCCAUGUCAGCUACCUGGAUAUUGAGGAACUGAGCCUGAGUGGGCUCUGCCAAUGCCUGGUGGAACUGUCCACCCAGCCAGCCACCGUGUGUCAUGGCUCUGCAACCACCAGAGAGGAAGCCCGUGGUGAGGCUGCACGCCGUGCCCUUCAGUACCUCAAGAUUAUGGCGGGCAGCAAGUAAAGCCCCAGCUGGACUCAUGGAUGUGCACCCUUUACUCCCAGCUCUUUCACCCUUGGGGCCCAUGCAUUUGCUCAGCUCUGGUACCCUCUGAAAGUGCCAUCGCUAUCUCUGACACAGACUGCCUUGAGGUGAAGGAAGGCAAAGCAAGGAGCCAGGGACCACAGGGCCUGAGCCAGCUCAGGAUCCAUCCUCACUUGAUUGUUGAUGAUGACAGUGAAAUUGCAGCUUCUCUACUAAAGCCCAGAAUAAAUGUGCUGCUCCUCA